AUGGCUCCCAUGGGCUGGCUAGCUGCCAUCCUAGCCUUAUCCAGUUUGGCCAGCUGCCAAGAUGACGACUACGAUCCCUACCAGGAGUUCAUUGUCACUGAAAGCGAACGAGGCCUGUUCCCCAGUAUAUUUAACCUGGCCACGAACUCCUUAAUCAACGCCUCGGCAACAUGUGGUUACAGUCGACGCGAGGAGUACUGUAAACUUGUCGAGCACGUUCUACUUCGGAAAACUGCUGUUGGAGGCUCGCCGCAAUGCGAUAUCUGCGACGCAAACGACCCCCAACACCGUCAUCCGAUCGAAUUUGCCAUUGAUGGGACGAGAAGAUGGUGGCAGUCGCCAUCGCUAGCCAAUGGACUUCAAUACGAAAAAGUGAACGUUACUAUCGACUUACGGCAGGAAUACCAAGUGGCGUAUGUGGUGGUGAAGAUGGGCAACGCUCCCCGUCCAGGCACGUGGGUUCUGGAAAAAUCCCUCGAUGGCAUCCAUUAUGAACCAUGGCAGUACUAUGCAACAUCCGAUGCCGAAUGUAUGCGCCAGUUUGGAAUACCGGCUACCACUGGAGUUCCUCGGUUCGAACGUGACGACGAGGUCCACUGUACGAGUGAGUACUCGAAAAUCACCCCACUUGAAGGUGGUGAGAUCCACACAUCGCUCGUCAACGGUCGACCUGGUGUUGAGAAACCGUCCUUGGAACUGCAGAAAUUCACUCGUGCUCGAUUUGUUCGGCUACGUUUGAUAUCACCUCGUACACUGAAUGCUGACCUAAUGGUCAUCAAUCGUCAAACACAUCGAAUCGAUAGAUCCGUGACCAUGAGGUACUACUACUCGAUAUCGGAUAUAUCCAUUGGUGGGCAAUGUAUCUGUUAUGGCCACGCGGAGAGCUGCCCAAGUGAUCCAGUCACAGGGCAAUUCAAAUGCGAAUGUCGUCAUAAUACUUGUGGAGAGUCGUGCAAUAGAUGCUGCCCACUGUUCAACCAACUACAGUGGAAACCAGGAACCCACGAUCAUCCCAACGCUUGUCAGCGUGAGUUUUCAACGGAUUGCCGUUUUUCCCCAUGA